AACAGCCUGAAGUUAAUUUUCUCAGUUGACGUACACUGAGAGACUUUUAUUUUGAAACGUAAUUCAAAUGUCAUUUAUUUGCUGCUGCGUUCACUCUCCGCUUUACCGCGUUAAUGCAGGACUGAUGCAGAGGAAAGCUUAUGGUGUAGUGGAGGAUCUAGUGCAGUUAUGACCCCAUCAAAGGAAGGCAUGACCUCCCUCAUCGACAAGACCAUAAAGCUGAGGAGGGAGGAACAGGCACGGCAGGUUGUCCUGGCAUGGGCCGUGCUGAAUAUGUCUCUAGCUGGGAUGAUCUAUACUGAGAUGUCUGGAAAGCUUCUUAGCAGAUACUACAACAUAACCUACUGGCCCAUCUGGUAUAUCGAACUUGCCCUGGCUUCCCUGUUCAGUCUCAAUGCCCUUUUUGACUUUUGGAAGUAUUUCAAGUAUACUAUGGCCCCAACCACGAUCGCCGUCAGUCCAGAGCAGCAUCGACUUCUUGGGCUCCGGGGCUCAGGGAUUCAAGCCUCUCCACCUCAGAAACUAGAGAAAAAAGAAGCUCCUGUCUCAGUCCAGUCAUCGCCCCUGCAGGGACAGAACGUACUCAGUUUUAGUCCUGCACGACCGUCGAGCACCAGCCCCAAGUUUUCCCCCAGCUGUGUCUCUGGGUUCAGUCCACCUCUGGGCAGCCCUUCUUCAGCAGGAGGACCCUUUUCACCCCCCAUGACAUUUGGCAAGGUGUUGAACUAUAGUCCAAGUUCUUCUCCGUACCCAAGCAACCUUGGGCCAGCAGAUGGCAGCAGCCUCCGUGCUCGUUACCGCACAUCCCCAUCUGUCUUUAAUUCACCCGGAGGCAAGGAGGACUGCAUCGAUGAUCUGAAGACUUUGGAGAAGUUUUUGCGCACUGAGGAGGAGAAAAGCCACCGCAGUCAAUUGGGAAGUCCAGAGUCAACAUCCCCAAGACACAGUCCGUCGUUCUGGAACUACAGUCGUUCGGUGGGGGAUUACGCACAGAGCCUGAGGAAGUUUCAGUACCAGCCUGCCUGUCGUUCACAGGCUCCAUCUGCCCAUAAAGAUGACACGGAGCUGGGGUCCAAACAAGCUGCUGAAGAAGUCUGGGCAAGAAUCACAACAAGUCGUGUGGUGACGGAUAGUAUUGACAGCUGGACUGCUAAACUGAGAAAUUGGAUAAAUGACACCAUUCUAGUUCAUCUGGUCAGAGAGAUGGACUCCGUCAACGGUCAGCUCAGGAGGAUAGGCUGCCCUGAGCUACAGAUCGGAGAGGCCAGUAUCAGUAGUCUCAAACAAGCUGCCGUGGUCAAAGCCUCUGCAAUUCCCACCCUCAAUGCCAUCGUACAGUAUCUGGACGUUACGCCAAACCAGGAGUAUCUUGUGGAGAGAAUCAAGGAACUAGCCCACAGUGGCUGCAUGAGCUCUUUCCGCUGGAACGGAGGAGGAGAUCUGAAAAACCGGAAAUGGGACACUGACCUUCCGACAGACUCUGCUAUCCUGAUGCAUGUGAUAUGCACAUACCUGGACUCACGGCUCCCUCCACAUCCUAAGUAUCCUGACGGAAAAACCUUUACGUCCCAGCAUUUUAUACAGACACCAGAUAAACCAGACAUGUCCAAUGAGAACCUGUUCUGCAUCCAUCAAAGUAGCACAAACCCUCCUCAUUAUCAGCUCGUCUACCAGGGACACGUCUACAGCUUGCCCAAGGGCAGAAAUAACUUGUUCCAUACCAUCCUCAUGUUCCUCUACAUUAUCAAAACCAAGGAGUCUGGUAUGCUGGGGAGAGUGAAUCUCGGUCUUUCGGGAGUGAAUGUACUCUGGAUCUUUGGGGAUUGAGAUGGUCAUGUUUGCUGCUAAGAGGAAAACACUGCACAAGCCUUGAGAUGCGAUAAAGACUUAUUUUUACCUUUACAUUCUUGUGAUGGAUGUUCUUGAGAUGCAUUGCACUCUCACAUUACUUGCAACCUUAAUGCAAAUACAGCACAGUAAGUCAUUUUAGCUGACAAAUCUUUUAAACUUCAACACUGAAAUAUUUAUAGCUUGAUACAGUCAAAAUAAGACCUUGUUCCACUGGAUUUUGUAUAAAUAUUUUUUGUAUUUCUUUCAUCACGUAAGAAAACAAUAUAGUUAUACGUGAAUGUAAAUUCUUUCAGGUUAGUCAGGGUGAGUGGACAGUGCAGGAGUUAGAUGAUUUUUAAAAAGCCGUUACUGGUUUUUCUUCACCUUUUCAUUUUUCUGUACGAAUGAACACCUGUUACACUUGCAAUGGCAUGCAACCAUGAACGAGCAUAAGCCAAAUUUACUUUUAAAAACAGUUUGGUGUAAGAAUGUUCAUUUAUAUGCUCUCAAUGAAGGGCUUUUCUUAUUUCUCCUCAUUAUUACCUUGACAAAAGUACAGAAGAUCCUGAUCUUCAGUGCCAAAUUACAUAAUCAACAAGAAGUGAUUGUUUGUAUUUUGUAUUGUGUCUGAAGUGAAACUUGAAAUUGAAAUUGAGCUUCCACUAUUGUCUUUGGUUUUCAAUUUAAUAAAAGCCCAACCAUUUUCACUCCAAA